AUGGCCAAGGGAGCCACCAGGGAGAUGACUAAUGCCUCGGGGCUCCUGGGAGACCCCCUGAUGUGGGCAACCGGGCCGCAGUCCAGCCCCCCGCUGGCCGUACCCACCGGGCUGCAGGUGGACCGCGUGGGGAACAGCUCCCAGGGCGCCUCCCAGCUCUUCCUCACCACGGCGCUGGCCCGCGGCAUCUCGGGAGUCUUCGUGUGGACCGCCCUGGUGCUCACCGGCCACCAGAUCUACCUGCACCUGCGCUCCUACACCGUCCCCAACGAGCAGCGUUACAUCAUCCGCCUGCUUUUCAUCGUCCCCAUCUACGCCUUUGACUCCUGGCUCAGCCUCCUCCUCCUGGGGGGCCACCAGCGCUAUGUCUAUUUUGAUUCUGUGCGGGAUUGCUACGAAGCCUUUGUCAUUUACAGCUUCCUGAGCCUCUGUUUCCAGUACCUGGGGGGUGAGAGCGCCAUCAUGGCUGAGAUUCGGGGAAAACCCAUCCGGCCCAGCUGCUUCUAUGGCACCUGCUGCCUUCGGGGCAUGUCCUACUCCAUCGGGUUUCUGCGUCUCUGCAAGCAGGCCACACUGCAGUUCUGCAUCGUGAAGCCCUUCGUGGCCUUGGUCACCAUCAUCCUGCAGGCGUUCGGCAAAUACCACGACGGGGACCUCAACAUCCACAGCGGUUACCUCUACGUCACCCUCAUCUACAACGCCUCCGUGAGCCUGGCCCUCUACGCCCUGUUCCUUUUCUACAUCGCCACCAGGGAGCUCCUGCGGCCCUUUGAGCCUGUCCUCAAGUUCCUCACCAUCAAGGCCGUCAUCUUCCUCUCUUUCUGGCAGGGGAUGCUGCUGGCCAUCCUGGAGAGGUGUGGGGUCAUCCCUGAGGCCCAGGUCGUCGACGGGAGCAGCGUGCGGGCUGGCACGGUGGCUGCCGGCUACCAGAACUUCAUAAUCUGCAUCGAGAUGCUCUUUGCCUCCGUCGCCCUGCGCUACGCCUUCACCUGCCAGGUGUACUCGGAGAAGAAAGGGCACUCGCCAGCCCCCACGGCGCCCAUGCAGAGCAUCUCCAGCGGCCUCAAGGAGACCGUGAGCCCGCAGGACAUCGUGCAGGACGCCAUCCACAACUUCUCGCCCGCCUACCAGCAGUACACGCAGCAGGCCACACACGAGGCCCCGGGACCCGGCCAGGGCAGGGGCCCCUUGCCCAGCACCCACCCUGGCAUGGAUGGUGGCUCCGGCGGGGGCAGGAAGAGCCACAACAUGGAGAAGAGGGUGCUGAUUCCCGCGGAGGAGCUGUAGGGGCCCCGGGGCCGGCGGCCCAGGCCGCUGGGGGAGGACAGGGCCCCUCACCCACCGACCGUCGCGCCAAAGGUCUCUCCUGGGAGCCUCCUGCGAGGCCCGUGGAGCCCACUGCCCAUCCCACCUCUGGCCAGUGGAGCAGGUCGCUUGGUAGCCCUGCCAGGCGCCCCGGGGCCGCACCACCGCCUGGUGGGCCCUCGGCCUCAGAAGAGGGCACCUGAGCCUACCUGACAAGCCCAGGGACCUGCCGGGCUCACCUGGCCAUCGGCUCAGGUGGCCUCCCUGGAUGGACAGCUCCCGGGUGGGGCUGGGCAGCCCGGAGCUGCAGGCCUUACAGGCAGGAGGGCUCCACACUGAGGGCAGGAGGCGGGGUGGCCCCGUGGAGGAAGGGCC